AUUUAAUAUACAUUCAUAUAUACAGUAGUAAUAAUUCUUUUAUUUCCUUAGGUGAAAUGCGCGACCAAUAUGAAGACUUGGUUGACAUGGCGUGACUUAUUUCUGUCUGGCGAUUGCCGCGGGCGGACACAUCCAUCAUUUGAAGACAAGGGUUUUUUACAGAGUCCCAAUCUGCCUUACAGUGGGGGAAAAUAAACAUCAGGGCAAGGAUCGGGGGACAAGGUCUAGUGAGGAGGGAUGUUAACGUGACUGGCAUCAUCAGUCCCCAGUUUGGGGUAUUUUGGGUUUUGAAGUCAUUGAAUAUAGCGCUCUGGAAUUAGUCGCGGAAUGACGUAUAGUUUGGGAACACAGCUGACUCACAAUAUUUCUUUAAGUUGCUGAGCUGUGGAAGUUUGUACAAUGUGGAGUUCAUUUAGAAGGUACUACUGGGUUGCCGGACUUGUUGUCCUACUCUACACGAUAUCAGUGAUGGUAAGAAUGAACACACAUCCCAGUGACGGAAUAGGCGGACUAUACAAAGAACUCGACCUCCGCGCCUCGCUGAUGGAGAGAAAGUCUCCUUUGGGCUGUAAGAAGAAAACUAACGUGGCCUUUCUGAAAGUCCACAAAGCGGGGAGUACCACGGUAAUGAAUAUCUUCAUACGAUUCGCCUUAAAGAACGACCUCAAUUUAGUGCUACCAAGACGUAACAACGGUACAGGGUUUAAUUACCUCGGGUAUGGAACAACAGUGGACCGGAGCAAGAUCAUUCCUCUUCCGGGAAACGAAACCUACAACAUCCUGUGUAAUCACGUGGUCUACAAUAAGGAGGCGUUCGAUUCUGUGAUGCCCAAGGAUUCUGUUUAUGUGGCCAUUGUGAGGGAACCGAAAAGUCACUUUAUUUCGGCUGCUUCCUAUUAUGGGUUUAUUCAUUUUCUGAAGAAAACAAUUCCUCACCGAGGUAACGUCACUGAUGGGAUGCUGUUAGACAUAUUUUUGCGGCGGUUUGCCGUCAGCGGAAACCACUCCCAGGCUGGGCUAAACUACAUCAACAAUAGACAGGCGUUUGACUUUGGGGUUCCACGUACCCUGUUUAGAAACAAAUUUGUCAUCAAUAAGUACAUUCAGAAGCUAGACAGUGAAUUUCCCCUUGUCAUGUUGGUGGAGUACUUCGACGAAUCACUGGUUCUCAUGAAGAGGUACCUCUGCUGGGAUCUAGAUGAAAUUUUAUAUGUGCCUCUUAAUAUCAACAAAGGAAAGAGAAAUCAUCCCGUCCAGUUACCCAAAGAUUCUGAAAAAUUCCUCCAUUAUUUUGAUUAUGCAGACUUUCAGUUAUACGACCAUUUUCAAAAACGCUUUAUGGAUCAGAUGAAGUUAGAAGGACCAGACUUUCAAGAUGAAGUGAACACUUUUAGAGAAAUAAAAAGUCAUGUGACGACAUUUUGUCAGAGCAGGCCCCUUUCUAACCGCUUUAUAAACCUUAAGUCCACAAAGUGGAAUUCUGAGUUUAACGUGACAACGGAAGACUGCAAGGAAAUGAUGAUGCAAGAACUUCCGAUGAUGCGCAUGCUCAUAGACUCAGCUAAUACUCGAUAUAGAGAUUGGUUAAGAGUGCAAAAAUUUAAAAACUCACGACAACGAAUGGUUGGUUGAAAACACAAUUGUGCAAUUAUUAGGUCGAAUUUUACUUCUUAUAAAAAGGUAAACAAGCAAAGUUAUCUGACCAUUUGAAGCAGGUAUAUAUAUGAUUUCAAUUGGAAAAGUUAUGACUGGAGUUUAUUCCAAGUUAUUGUAUUCCACAUCUUUCCCAGGAGCUACUGUACUUGAUGGAAACUCAGAAUCUAGUCUGUGACGAAUGACUUGUCGCCAUGACAACACUGACCAGUACCCCGUAUCAGACCAAAGCAAGAAGACCAAAGAGUCCCGAGUGAGUCACAAAGAAUGACGAAUGAGACUGAUGUUUGAAAUCACAAAAUCUGACACUUGGGUUUAAAGUCAUUCCACCAUUUCUUUCAUUUCAUUACUUAGACUUAUUGUGAUGCCGGUGAGUCCAGUGUGUGGUAAAAUCGCCGUUUGCAUACUGUAAUUCAUUCCAAUAUAAUAUAGACAGACUGAAGAUCGUAAUAUGACUGAAAAGGAGUAGACGGCAUUCAAAGCAUGCAUAAUAUAUUUCAUGAUUUUUUAGAAAGUUCAUAUUCUGUUAACUGUUGCUGCUAGACUGGUAAACUAGCGAGUAUUGUUUACAUAAUAUUGUUAAAAACGAAUGGAAAUAUUUAUUGUAUGAGUGACAAUUUUUCAUUGCAUGUGUGCUACAGUUAUCGAGUUUAUUUUUUAAUU